AUGUUCGGUUGGUUGCGUGAUGUACUUUCCAAUACUCCAUCAUCUUUCGGUUAUCAUCAUUCAAAUACACCUUCAUCAUUUGUUCGUCAACAAAAACAAAAACAAAACCAAAAAGAACGAAUUUCUUCCGAUGAUGAUGAUAAUAUUAAUCAAUUAAAUGAUAAUUCAUUUUAUCAUAAUCCAUAUCAUUCAAGUGGACAAAUGAAUUAUAUCGAUGUUCCACAACAACAAUAUACUAAUGAUCAUACUUAUCCAACUUAUCUUGCACGACAACAAUUAUCUGAUACAACAAAUCAAACACUUGAUGAUCAAAUUCACUCGAAAUUAUUAUCAUUAAAACAACGUUCAACUCAAGUUCAAUGUUAUGCACAUAGACAAAAUAAUUAUGCAUUUAGAAAUAGAUCUAUACCAACAACAGUUCCAUCUUCAACACUUCAUUCUUCAUUAAUUUCUAGUCGAAACGAACAAAGGAAAAUUGAUAAUGAGGAGCGGUCUGAUGACGAUGAACAAGGAGAAGAAGAAGAAGAAGAUGAUGAUGAUGAUGAUGAUGACGAUGAUGGCAGUGAUGAUGGUGCUAGUCAUGAUGGUGAUAAUAGAAGAUCAUCAUCACUUGGAAAUUAUCAUGGUAUUCCGGGUUAUUAUUCUGGUCAAUAUCCAAAUAUUGAUGAACAAUUUGAUUUUGCAUCGGUUGUUUUUUGUCCAAACAGUCAUAAUUAUGUUCAUUCUGAAAGAGAUGAAUAUAAUAAUCAUCAUUAUUCCAUAAGUAGUAAAAGUCCAAUAAUAUCAAAAAUAUCUAAUGAAGAAAAACUUUUAUCCAAUGAUGAUGAUAAUAAACGAAUACACAUUCCAUUAUCAUCAUCAAAAGCCAAAUGGAUUGACGCUGUACGAACAGUAACACAAUUAAAUCAAGUAAGACAAAAACAAAAAAAAAAAGAAUCAAAUGUUAAUUAG